UCUCUUCAACUUCAACUUCAACUUCCUCAAGCUAUUAUCAUCCUACAACCAACUCUUGAUGGGACAGUGGUUCUCAACAACUUGUCCAAUUUGGUUAAAUCUAAAUCAUUCUCAACCAAUCAAUGAUCAGAAUCAAGAACCAGAUGAAAGAACUCCAUUAAUCAUCAAUCCACCUCCUCCUCGUCCAACACCUCAGCUUAUUCAAGAUACCGCUCAACAAAUCGAAGAUGAAGCUGCUGCCAAUAAGAUUGUAGAUGAAACUGUUCGCUGUUUAGUUCAUGUUUACUCCCAAGCUCCAUUCUCACAUCUUACCCUAGAUUCUCAAACCCAAGAAAGAUCUGAUCCUCAAACCCAUACACCUGAUGGAUCAACCACUACUUGGCGAGCCUAUGAUCCUCCAAGUUGUCCUCCGAUUUCUCCCGAGAUUCGAAGACUUCGAUUAGGUUAUGAUCAACCCAGAUGCGCAAAUGAAUCCAACCAAAGCACCCGAAUCGAUCAGAAACGAAGUUAUCAUAGUUUAAAGACUAUGAUCAAUCAUACCCAUCCCAAUCGAUCGGAAACGACUAUACCUUCUUCUAAUACCACACCUCUUACUCGAUCUGAUUCGACUCCAACUCCAACUCGGUCUUCUGAUCUUUCUUCAUCCUCUCAAGACUUUCAAUCUCAUCCACAACACCUUCGAGAUUCAACAGACACAAGUGAUUAUCAAUGUGAUACGAUCACUUCAUUUCAAACUGCUCUAGAACAUACUCCUUCUCAUGAUGAACCAUCUGAAUCUCAACCUUCUCAUUCUCAACCACCUGAUUUCGUUGGUAAGCUUUGGCCUAAUUUUCAUACUACCUUGCCUUUUCAGGAUCCUUCCGCACUCGAAAGAAAUGAAUGUCUUACGGACGAUCCUCAAGAUCUACGAGCACUUCUUGAUUCAGGAUUCACCCUGAAGGACCCAGGUCCCAUCCUCGUUGACCUGUAACCCUCUCUUUCUAUUCAAUUCAUCUGAUUCCUUCUCCUUAUAUAUUUAUAUUACCUCUUUGGAAGAUAAUCUCAAGGACGUUUAACAUAUCCCUCAAUUUUCUUUUUGGCUUAUAUGCAACUCAACUUGCUAAUAAGAGCAUCUUUCUUUUUGUAUUCUCUCUCUCUUUCUCUCUUUCUCUUUGGAUUUUUGGAUGGUCUUUUUUCUCUCUCUUUCUUCUUAUCAUGUGAUAGCUAUUAUUUGGAGAGUUCUCUUGAAGGCUUACUAUAUCAUUAAUCUUAAAACCUUAUAAUGUGUAUAUCAUUAUCCAGUUUAUAAUUUUGUGAGAAGUCAUAAUCUAUGAAGUCAGAUGUGAGAAACCCAAUUUAUUCAAGGUUUUAACCGAA